CUGCCCCCUGAAAUCACUUAGGUGUUCUCCUUUGCUUCCAGGGCCACCGAGGUGUUCUUUGCUCGUGCAGGCAGCUUUCUGCUGCAUUUGCUGUGGAAGCAGUCAGGGCUUGCUCUGCCAGCCUGUUCCCCACCACCCUUGGGCAGGGCUAGACUCGUCCAAAAUCGAGAGGGUGGGGAGAGAGAGGAGGGAGGCUGCAAAAAGCCAGGUAUGAGGGAAGGUAAAAUGACCACUGUCCCACCCUCGGCCCUGAACCCUACUAUCUGAACCCCUCAGAUAUCCUCAGGAUUUCACAAGACUGUCAGUGGGGAACCCCUCCCGUCAAAGAUCUAGGCAGGACUGGGAGGCAGGUCGGGAGUGUGAUGGGUGGGGGCGGGAGGCAUGGGCCUGGGGCAGUUCUCUCCUCACUUGUAAACUUGUAGUUUCACAGAAAAAAAACAAAAAACACAGUUUUAAAUAAAGAAGUUUCUUUUUUCCCUGGGUUUAGUUGAGAAUUCUUUUCAAAAACAUGAGAACUUUUUUUCUCUCAUAAAGCCCCAAACAGGAUUUUCCCCUGAGUUCCCCGGCCUUGACCUCACCACCCAGGCCCCAGGUUUCACCCCUGCCUCCUCUCCAUGGGAAACAGCCAGACCUGAACCCUGUUGCCUAGCAACCUCGCCUAGUCGUCCAGUAGCCCUGGGUGGUCUGGUGCAAUAGGUUGGGGGUCCUGAGGGGAUGAAGAGACCCUAGGAGAUGCACUCCCCACCCCCAUGGAUGUGGCUGUACCCAGAGGCUGGUAGUGCCCAGGGGUGGGGUGACAGCUGUUUCUCCCAGUACCUGAAGGACUCUUGUCUGAGAGAGGCAUGAAUUCCUAGCAUUCCCUGUGACGGGACAAGACGGGGGAGAUGGGGGCAGGGGAGAGGGUACAAGCCCCACCUAGGGUGGUGGCCACAGCAGCAAGGGGCAGACAGAGCCAGGAGCCUGGGAAGGAAGCAGGAUGGCAGCAGGGGCAGCAGCUGGAGCCUGGGUGCUGGUCCUCAGUCUGUGGGGUGAGCCCUGCCCCCCCACCCCCACACCAAUCCUCCCCGCAGAAAGCACUCUGCCCCUGUCCCCGAAACUGCCCACAACUUUCCAGGAACCUGGGUACUGCUUUUCAAUCUCCUUCAUCCGCCCUGUUAUAGUUUUAUUAGCUCCCAUCUCCCUUCCUGCCCUUCCAUUGUGGUGCUGUCUCCCAGGGGCAGUAGUAGGGGAUCAAAACAUCACAGCCAGGAUCGGGAAGCCACUGGUGCUGAACUGUAAGGGGGCCCCCAAGAAACCACCCCAGCAGCUGGAAUGGAAACUGAACACAGGCCGGACAGAAGCUUGGAAGGUCCUAUCUCCCCAGGGAGGCCCCUGGGAUAGCGUGGCUCGUGUCCUCCCCAACGGCUCCCUCCUCCUGCCGGCUGUUGGGAUCCAGGAUGAGGGGAGUUUCCGGUGCCGGGCAAUGAGCCGGAAUGGAAAGGAGACCAAGUCCAACUACCGAGUCCGAGUCUAUCAGAUUCCUGGGAAGCCAGAAAUUGUUGAUCCUGCCUCUGAACUCAUGGCUGGUGUCCCCGAUAAGGUGGGAACAUGUGUGUCCAAGGGGGGCUACCCUGAAGGGACUCUUAGCUGGCACUUGGAUGGGAAAACCCUGAUACCUGAUGGCAAAGGAGUGUCUGUGAAGGAAGAGACCAAGAGACACCCUGAGACAGGGCUUUUCACACUCCUUUCGGAGCUGAUGGUGACCCCAGCCCGGGGAGGAGCUCCCCACCCCACCUUCUCCUGUAGCUUCAGCCCUGGCCUUCCCCAGCGCCGAGCCCUGCACACGGCCCCCAUCCAGCUCAGGGUCUGGGGUGAGCACAGAACUGGGGAGGGCCCCAACUUGGGUGAGCACCUGUCGGAAGAGCCUGUGCCACUGGAGGAAGUCCUGUUGGUGGUGGAGCCAGAAGGUGGAGCAGUAGCUCCUGGUGGUACCGUGACCUUGACCUGUGAAGCCCCUGCCCAGCCCCCUCCUCAAAUCCACUGGAUCAAGGAUGGCAUGCCCCUGCCCCUUCCCACCAGCUCCGUGCUGCUCCUCCCUGAGGUAGGGCCUGAGGACCAGGGAACCUACAGUUGUGUGGCCACCCAUCCCAGCCAUGGGCCCCAGGAGAGCCAUGCUGUCAGCGUCAGCAUCAUCGAAACAGGCGAGGAGGGGCCAACCGCAGGCUCUGUGGAAGGGCCGGAGCUGGGAACUCUAGCCCUGGCCCUGGGGAUCCUGGGAGGCCUGGGGACAGCCGCCCUGCUCAUUGGGGUCAUCAUGUGGCAAAGGCGGCAACGCAGAGGAGAGGAGAGGAAGGUCCCAGAAAACCAGGAGGAGGAAGAGGAGGAGCGCACGGAGCUGAAUCAGCCCGAGGGGCCUGAGGCAGCAGAAAGCAGUGCAGGAGGGCUUUGAGAAGCCCACAGCCAGACCCCAUCCAUCAGCUCCCUUUUUUUUUCCCACCCUCUUUUCUGGCCCCAGACCAGUUCUCCCCUGUAUAAUCUCUACCCCACCUCCCCAAACUUUCUUCCACAACCAGAGCCUCUCACAAACAGUGAUGAGUAAACA